AUGGAACAUGUGCGUUUACCAUUAACAUCCAAAGACUACAUAUUAAAAAAAAUAGUUAAGGAAUCUCUUGUUAAUAAUUGUCUUAAAUCUAAAAAUUACGUAAUUGAAGCUAUACAUUUUCAUUUACUUAAGUCAAAUAAGCUUAUUUCAUUCUUCACCAUGCCAAAUCACUACGGGAGAAAACCUAGACAACCUGGUGGUUCCCAAAAAGUUAUUUUAGCUGUUGGUGGAUCAAGGCAUGGUCGAAAUCUUGAUACUACAGAAUGGUAUGACCCAAAAAUCAACCAAUGGCAGCCUGGGCCACAAACGAUUGCAUCACGUUUUAGUGGUGGUCUAGCUGUAGUAAAAGAUAACUUUGUGAUUUAUUUAGGAGGUGUGAAUCUUGGAUCAGCUCAUCAAUCUGUUUAUAUGCUAGAUUUAUCUUCAGAAUCACCUUAUUGGAAAUCAUCUGUUGACAUGUUAAUUAAAAGACGACAUUUAGGAGUUGGCGUGAUAAAUAACUAUAUAUAUGCUGUUGGCGGUUCUGAUAAUAAUAGUUGUUUGAGUAGUGCAGAAGUUUUUGACUGCAGAACUCAAGAAUGGAGUAUGAUAUCGAGUAUGAAUACUAGAAGAAGUAGUGCUGGGAUUGGAGUACUGUAUAAUCUUUUAUUUGUGGUAGGAGGUGUUGAUGGCUUGUCAAAGCGAAGAUUGAACUCUGUUGAAUGUUAUCAUCCCAGCCUUGAUAAAUGGACGCCAGUAUCCAAAAUGCGUGUACGUCGCAGUGGUUUGGGUGUUGGUGUUGUAAAUGAUGUAGUGUAUGCAGUAGGUGGUACUGAUGGAUUUAAAGUUCACAAAAGUGUUGAAGCAUACAGUCUAAGUACAGGAGUAUGGACUUCUAUUCCAGAUAUGCAUUUGUGUCGACAAUUUCCAGGAGUUGCUGUAUUAGAUGGAUUAUUGUAUGUCGUCGGUGGAGAUGACGGAACUUCUACUUUUGAUUCUGUAGAAUUUUACAACCCUAGGAAUAAAAGAAACUCAUCAAUCACAGGAUUAGGAUCAUUUAUUAAUGGACUACUCAAUUCUCUUUCAAUUGACAAUAUUGCUGUAUUAUGA